GACUCCUCCGGCUGCAUCCCGGCCGCGCUCCCGGCCCGGCAUUCCAGCAGGAUGAGAGCGGCGGAGCUCCUGGUGCUGUGUCUGCCAGUGCUCCUGGUGCAGGGACAGUUCAGCAGGUUCGAGGGCAUCACCUAUCCCGAGCCAGCCCAGUACUCCCAGUACGAUCAGCAGGCAGAAAUUCAGGAUUACUAUGACUACCACGAUGUCACCCCCCGAGCCCCAGAGGAGCAGUUCCGGUACCAAUCCCAACAGCAAUCCCAGCAGGAAACCGUGCCGGCCCCGACCCCAGCUGCGCUGCCCGAGACGGAGCCCACGGAGCCGGGGCCGCUCGACUGCCGGGAGGAGCAGUACCCCUGCACCCGGCUCUACUCUGUGCACAAGCCCUGCAAGCAGUGCCUGAACGAGAUCUGCUUCUACAGCCUCCGCCGGGUGUACGUCAUCAACAAGGAGAUCUGCGUCCGCACCGUGUGCGCCCACGAAGAGCUGCUGCGAGCCGACCUGUGCCGGGACAAGUUCUCCAAGUGCGGGGUGAUGGCCACGAGCGGCCUGUGCCAGACCGUGGGUGCAUCCUGCGCCCGCAGCUGCGGCGGCUGCUGAGCCCCGGGAUCCUGCACCGGGACCCCGGGGCCGCUCCGGGAUCCUGCACCGGGACCCUGGACCUGCUCCGGGACCCGGCUCUGGGACCGCAGGACCCCGCUCUAGGACCCCACCCCCCCUGCAGGACUCCAGCCCCACUCUGGGACCCCGGCCCUGCUCCAGCCCUAUGCCCUGGCGGUCCCGUGCAUGAACAAGCAGCUUCCCAAAAUCCCGGGAUUUUUUUUUUUUUUUUUUUUUUGUGCACAUAAUGAUUAAAACAGGGGGGUUUAUUAUUUUUGUGCCUUUCUCUCUUCUGUGGCAGAGGGGGAGCCCCGUCCCUGUGCAGGAGGGACCCUGUGGCUCCCAGCUCCUUCCUCUCGGAUUAUUCCCAAUUUUGGGGCUCCCAUCUCCUUCCUCUAGGACUAUUCCAAAUUUUGGGGCUCCCAGCUCCUUCCUCUGGGAUUAUUCCC